AUGAGUCUUUUAUAGAGUCCCAACAGUGACUGAUCUUACAGAAGGACAAACAUCACACGUGUGUAAAGUUCAGUGGCCGCGUCACACGAUGGCGGGAGCGCAGCCCGGAGUCCACGCGCUCAAACUCAAGCCCGUCUCGGUUACCGAGAGUCUGAAAACCGGCGAGAAAUUCAUGAAAUGGGAUGAUGACUCGACCACGGUAACACCUGUCACACUGCGUGUCGACCCUCAAGGUUACUUCCUACACUGGACCGAUCAGAAUAAGGAGACUGAACUACUGGACAUUUCUCUCAUCAAAGAUACGAGACAUGGGAAAUAUGCCAAGAUGCCGAAGGAAAUCAAGCUGCGAGAGAUGUUGGAUCCGGGCACAUGUGAGUGGAAGAUGGAGAACCGCAUCCUGACAGUGGUGUGCGGUUCUGACAUGGUCAACAUCACCUACAUCAACUUCAUGGCAUUAAAAGAAGAUGUGGCAAAGGAGUGGUCUGAGGAGAUCUUCAGUUUGGCAUCUAAUCUGCUCGCUCAGAACAUGUCGAGGGAAUCAUGUCUGGAGAAAGUGUACACAAGACUGACAUUGCAGCUGACGCCCGAGGGCGGCAUUCCCGUGAAAAAUAUUUUCCGUUUGUUCUCUGUGGACAGAAAGCGUGUUGAGAGCGCGCUGGAGAUCUGCAGCCUGCCGACCGGACGAAAUGACACGAUUUCUCUGGAUAAAUUCACACCGGUCAUAUACAGACGACUGCUCAAUAACAUCUGUCCACGGAACGACAUCGACACCAUCUUCUCAGAAAUAGGAGCGAAGAGUCGCCCGUAUCUCACCGUCGAGCAAAUGACUGAUUUCAUCAAUAACAAACAGCGAGACCCGCGACUCAAUGAGAUCCUGUACCCGCCCCUCAAAGCCGAGCAAGUGCAGGGAUUGGUGGACAAAUAUGAGCCUGAUGUCAUGCUGUCACAGAGAGGGCAGAUUUCUGUGGAGGGUUUUGCCAGAUAUCUAAACGGAGAAGAAAACAGCAUCAUACCUCCAGAGAAACUGGACCAAAGUGAAGACAUGACACUUUCUCUGUCACAUUACUUCAUCAACUCUUCACACAACACCUACCUCACAGCGGGUCAGCUCGCCGGGAACUCAUCUGUGGAGAUUUAUCGUCAGGUUUUGCUCUCCGGCUGUCGCUGUAUCGAGCUGGACUGCUGGAAGGGUCGAACUGCUGAUGAAGAGCCCAUCAUCACACAUGGCUUCACCAUGACAUCAGAAAUCUCCUUCAAGGAGGUGAUCGAGGCGAUUGCAGAGAGUGCGUUCAAGACGUCACCGUUCCCCGUCAUCCUGUCAUUUGAGAAUCAUGUGGACUCUCCCAAACAGCAGGCAAAGAUGGCAGAGUAUUGCCGAUCAAUAUUUGGAGAUGCUCUGCUGACUGAACCACUGGACAAAUAUCCUCUGGAGUCUGGUGUUCCUCUGCCAAGUCCGAUGGAUCUGAUGGGGAAAAUCCUGGUCAAGAACAAGAAGAACUCACAGAAAGUUGACGGAAACACCAAGAAGAAGCUGUCAGAGCAAACGUCCAACAACUGCAGCGACACGUCCAGCAUGUGUGAGCCCUCGUCUCCCAGCGCAGGCUCAUUAAAUCACGAGACGGCAGACAGCGUUCAUACAGACGGGAGCGAAACUGGAGAGAGAAAAUUCCGGAGAAUGAAAUCCACCGAUAAAACGGCAGGAGUGAUAUCAACGGAUGAUAAAGGAGACGCAGACAGCGAUGAUGAAGAGAACGAUGACAAUAAAAAAUCCAUCGACGAGGGGACGGCAGUAAAUGAAGCGUUCGCCACAGAGGAGAUGUCCAACUUAGUCAACUACAUUCAGCCUGUCAAAUUCAACUCCUUUGAGGCGUGUAAAAAAACUGAUCGGAGUUAUGAAAUGUCAUCGUUUGUGGAGACUAAAGCUCUGGAGCUGCUGAAAGAGUCGCCGGUGGAGUUUGUCGAAUAUAAUAAACUGCAGCUCAGCAGGAUUUAUCCUAAAGGAACUCGAGUGGACUCGUCAAACUACAUGCCUCAAGUGUUCUGGAACGCCGGCUGUCAGCUCGUCGCGCUCAACUUCCAGACGAUCGAUCUCCCCAUGCAGUUGAAUUUAGGAAUAUAUGAGUAUAAUGGUAAAUGUGGCUACAGACUGAAGCCGGAGUUCAUGAGACGGACGGACAAACAGUUCGACCCGUUCACUCAGAGUACCGUAGACGGGAUCAUCGCUCACACACUGUCUGUGAAGAUCAUAUCUGGUCAGUUUCUGUGUGAUAAGCGAGUCGGUGUUUACGUCGAGGUGGAAAUGUUCGGUCUGCCGGUCGACACCAAACGUAAAACGUUUAAGACAAAGACCUCACAGAACAAUGCUGUGAAUCCAGUGUGGGAUGAAGAACCCGUGGUCUUCAAAAGAGUGGUGCUGCCCACGCUGGCGUCAUUAAGAAUAGCCGUGUAUGAAGACAACGGGAAAUUUAUUGGCCAUCGCAUCAUCCCAGUGUGUGCCAUCAGACCAGGAUAUCAUUAUAUCAGUCUGAGGAAUGAGAAGAACCAGCCGCUCAUUCUGCCCGCUGUGUUUGUGUACACGGAAGUCAAAGAUUACGUGCCAGAUACAUUCGCAAAUGUAAUUGAGGCUCUGUCCAAUCCCAUCCUCUAUAUCAGUCUGAAGGAGCAGAGAGCCAAUCAGCUCGCAGCACUCACACAAGAGGAGGGAGCACAGGAGACCCACAGAGAAGAGGCAAAUGGAGGUGUGGACUCUGUCACAGAGGUGAAGACUGAAUCUAAACCAGCGCUCACAGAGAAUGGAUUAAACUACGACCCCAUCUCACCCAAAUCAUCAGGCAUGAGUCACACGACUCCACCCACCGGCUCUGUUAAACCUGCUGUGAAGUCUGAGGAUGUUGUUCAAAGUGUCUUAUCAGAGGUGGAUGCUCAGACUGUAGAAGAAUUAAAACAGCAGAAGGGUUAUGUGAAGGAACAAAAGAGGCUUUAUAAAGAGCUGAAGGACCUCAUGAAGAAACAUAACAAGAAAGCCGAUGAAAUGAUCUGUGAGCACGCAGCCAAUCAGAAACGACUGCACAGCGACUUCCUGCAUCGCAAAACAGCCCUGCAGAAAAGGUCUUGUUCAAAUCACAGUCAAUCAUCUGUUGAUCAAGAGUUAGUGUCUCUGGAAGAAGAGAGAAUUGAAAGAGUGAAAGAAUUACAAGAGCAACAACAACAGCAGCUGUUGACACUGCGACAGAAACAAUACCAGAGAGAAAAACACCUCAAAGAAGAACACUUCAAACUGCUUGUGCAGAAGCUGAUCGCCGUCGCUGAAGAGUCCCAGAGUAACCAGCUGAAGAAACUGAAAGAUCUGUGUGAAAAAGAAACAGAAAACCUGAAGAAAAGGAUGGGCAAACGAUGGAAAGAGAAAUUUCAUGAUGCUAAAUCACAAGAGAAAAGUCACAGAGUGACAGAAGAAAAGAAGGCGGAGCUGAAACAGUCACAUGUUAUUGAGGCGGUUCAUUCCAUCAGACGGCUGGAAGACGCUCAGACCAAACGACUCGAGCGACUGAUGGAGAAACAUCAAGAUAUUCGGCAGCAAAUCCUGGAUGAGAAGCCAAAGGACGACGGGUCACAGGAAGUAGAGGCUUCAGAGAGAUUUGGACCAGGAAUAUCAGGACAAGUUCCGGAGGCUUCCCCUGGAAAUCCAAGAAUUCCUUCAGGAUUCUGCUGCUUGUAAAAAGAAAAGCAGUAAUGGCGCUGACUGGAACUAUCUCCCCAGUUCCACAACGACGGACAAACUCAACCACGCGCCCGCCUCGCCAGACCUCGACAUGGAUGAGCGACCCUCAGAGAUAGUGUUUGAUACGCCACUCUGAGUUUGUCUGGUUUUUCUGUCGUCUGACCGAUGUUUGUAAAUACAUUUGUGUAUUUUUUUAUGCUGUUGAGUUUUACCUGAUUUUAACAUGCACUUUUAGUACGACAGACUGUGGGUAAUGUUGUUUUUGGUAAGAUGACUUACUUGAACAAUUUAAUAAUUGUUUUCCUAAGUAACAUUCUCUUUUUAUUCUUACUUUUAAACUGUAUUAGGGGCGUUCACACAGGACACAUUUUUUGCGUUCCAUCGGCACUAUUCUUUAACUGUUGGUCUUUGUAAACAUGCACUAGACAGAUACUGUUUUUCAGCAUCUCACGCCAUUAGCGCUGUAUUUAUUAGACGUUUGUGUUAGUUCAGCUUUAAAAUUUAUGUUUCGAGACUCCUGCGUUCUCUUCCAUUCCACUGCGCUGCGUCUGACUGUCUGUGUGAACGGGACUUUAGUUUUUACUAAAACUUGCUGCUUGUUUGAAUUUAAAUAUGCAGAUAUGUUUAGAUUAUAGAGACUGUCAGAGUUUCAUCACUUUAUGAUUUUUUACAGCUCUUGAAAUAGUUUAAAAUGAAAUGUAGAACACAAGGUGAGCUCAUAUACACUGUAAUCAUGGACACAUUGGCACACUUUAGACUUGAAUGCCUGUUAACUAUAAAUUAGUGUUUUAUAUAUCACAAUAUAUGGAUAUUAAAACAUAAUAGCAUCUAGUGCAAGAGGAAUAAAGUAAUAUAUUUGCAUGUUUUUGUACAUUUGGAGUCAUAAACAUUCAUUCACAUAUAAAACAUGUAAAUAAAGAUGUUUAAUACAGAUUCUUACAAGCCAAACAAGAAUAUUAGACCACAAAGAAAUCAUGCAAAAACGGUUUGACUCUUUCAGUGCACUUUAUGACUCAGCCAAUGACAUCUGUUUGUUUGACUAAUGGCAGACGGGGGGCGGGUCAGGAGGUGUAUUUGGGAAAGUCAUUAGUUUGUGAUUGUGAUUGGUGACGCUGAUGAUGCAGAAAUGACACACUGCAGCUCAUAUAAAGAAUUGUGUGUUUACCAUGAAGGAAGUGAACGAUUGUGUGAGAGUGAAAAUGACUCGAUCAUAAUGCUGGUCAUUUUCUUUUAUUACUGUUUAUGAGCUCCUUGAUAUCAAAUCUGAAAUCUUUUCUCUCUUCAAGCAAACAAUAAUCAACCGUCCUACACUUGUCAAACAAACGCAUGGUGCCACACACUAAACAAUUAAAACCAUUAUGGUGGAUGAACUUUAACAGCAUCUGAUUGGAGAUAUUUGUGAGACGUAAUGUAAUCGUCCUGUGCCUUUAACAUGUAACCUUGUUUUGUGAUAAAUGUAACAAAUGCAUCACUGUGUACAAUCACCAUUGAAAUAUAAACACUGAGAUUUUAUCAUG